CAUAAAAUACGGAUAAUAAACGUGUUAUAGGAUUUUAUACGUGUUUAGUACGGGAGUCAUCAAAUGAACGGAAAAAAAUAAAACCGCUUGACAAUAAUACAGAUACGGAAGUUUUAAACGGAUAAAAUACGGGUACAUAUACGUGUAUUAAACGGAGUAUUUACUAACUAUGAUUCUAUCGUUAAAAAUAAAUAUAUUUUGAAAUAAUAUAUAAAUUGAUCAAUGUAUUCGGAUGCAGAUAAAUAUUAUCCAACCUAACCACACUUAAUGCGGGAUAAAUAUGAAUAUUGAGCUACCACCGGCACAUUACCAUCACUAAACUCAGUUCACUUGAUUGAUAAAUAGUUAAAUACAGACUCGGCCACUCGCCGGCCAAAUGGAAGGGUGUAUGCAAAGGCGGAUCCAAUUUCACUUGUAACAAGUAAAAGAUUCUUUGAACAAACUUAACUAACAUAACAGUAGACAAGGGCGAGGCAUGACGGGUUAGAUCAGGUCCUUAAGACCUCUUUUUUAAGUAAGAUCUUAAACCCCUUUCAACCAAUAGGAGAAGGAAAGAGGUAAUGAUUAGUAAUUAUUGGGUAACUACCUAUCUAAUACGUUAAAGGGUAAGACAGGAAUAUAAAAAUAUUUAAUAAUGUUAUUAAUUAAAAUGAAAAUGGCGAAAAUCCACACAAACGUUGAAUUAAUGGGGGUUUCGAGAAUUAGUCUCCUCCCAACCCUAAAAUCGUUCAUCCUCCAAAAGUCGCCGUCGUGCCACGAAGCCGACGAGACUCUUUCUUCCCGACGUAUGGUCUCGCUGAACCGACAUUGCGUUACCGUCCACCGUCGCGCCUCGUCUCUUCGUAACGCCUCGUUUGUCGUCGUCGCACAACCACUUCCUUUCAUAAGCGUCGGCAGCCUUCAUCAGUCUUCAGCUUCGCUGACGUCGAUUUCCCAUCAGCUUCCCGUCCCAUUCCCGCCAUCAUCCUGUCUGACUCCGCCGUCGUCCCGCCGCCAUCCGACAUCUCCCCAUCCGGUCGUCACCCCAUCUUGCCGGUCUCCCACUGUCGAGGCGGAGUUUGUUAAUAAUAUUAUUGUUUACGUUGAAAAACGAAAAGAAUUUGUUAAUAAUGAAUUCGUCAUUUGUUGUAAAUUAUGUAAGAAAUGUUAAUAAUGAUAUUGUAUAUUGUUAAUAUUGCUGAGCUGAAAAAGUUGAUAAUAGCAUCACUAAAAAUGUUUACAACACAACAAGUGAAUCAAGCUUCAAUUUGAUUGAGAAUGUUAAUAAUAGCGUCACUAGAAAAUGUUAAUAAAGUAGGUGAAAACAUUAAUAUGUACUGUUAAAACGUUGACAACUCGGUUAAGCUGCUUUAAUAAUUCCGAUGAUCUAAUUAAUAAUAAUGAUGUGGUAGGUUAAUAAUGUUUACAACAUGAUCGGUAAAUUGCGUUUCAAUUUGAUUGAGAAGGUUAAUAAUAGCAUCACGGAAAAGUGUUGAUAACGUAUGUGAAAAAACUAAUAUGUAUUGUUGACAACGUUGACAACUCCGUUACGUUGCUCUACAAAUCUCAAAUCAGAGGCUCCCCUUAUUGUCACAACAUUUUAGUUACCGGUUAAUAAUUUCAGUAAUAUAAUUAAUAAUAGAGUCGAGAGGUUAAUAUUGUGGACAAUACGCCCAUUACAUCACAUUUUUUAAUUGAUAAUUCUAGUAGCAUCAGUAAAAAAUGUUAAUAACGUAUACCAAAUCAUUAAUAUGUACGGUUGAAAAUGUUGACAAAUCAGUUACAUUGCUUUGAAAACCUCAAUCAACCAGCUUCUCAAUCCACAUGCUCCUCUACGUUGACAACUCCGUCGCGUUUCUUUUUGAUUGCAAGCGACGGACGUAGAGGGCCGACAAUAAGUUUGUUCUUAAAGAUCUUGGAUUGUGGUAUAUCGUGUAGCACAAAUUUUUUUUUAUAAUUACGUUCAAAAUAUUAAUAAUGCUGAAAAAACGUUAAUAAUGAAGAAAGAUUGUUAAUACUACUCGUUAAUUCAACCGGCAUAUUAAUACUAGUAAAAACUUGAACAUGACUUUGAAAAUAUUACUAAUGGACGAAGAAAAUUUAAUAAUAAACUAAGAUUGAUAAUAUUACACGUAAAUUCAGCAGAGAGAUUAAUAAUAACACAUGCUUAAUAAUAAGAUGAGACAUUAUCAAAUCAUGCAGGAUUGAUCACAGCACUUCAAAAUAUUACAAAUCACUAUGAACUAAAUUGAUAAUAAACUAUAUUAGUGAAUUAAUGCUGAUUACAAAUAAAUUGAUAAAACAUUUACAAAACGACAAUAAAAAAGUUAAUAUCACAACAUAACAUAAUUAACAGGCCUAUCAGACAACAUUGACAAUAUGAGAAAAAAAAUUGAUUAUUGGGUGGGUAAAAAUAUUGACCAUAGCCCUUCAAAAGAUUACAAAUCAUGGCUACGUAAAUUGAUCAUAAACGGUAUUAGUGAAAAACCCUAAGUAGAUAUUAUUAGUUUUAACAAUCUUUGUAAUGUGGGAUAAGAAAAGUACAAGAAAUAAUUGAUAAUGAGAUUAGUAAAAUUGAUAACGAAGC